AUGGAAAUGGGAGCGAUAACAUGGAAUUCGCGCUGCUGGUGGCAAGUGCUGUGGCUUUUCUGCUUCGUUUGGAGUACAAUAGAGGCGCAGAUUCGCUACUCCAUUCCCGAGGAAUUGAAAAUAGGAUCUGUGGUUGGAAACAUCGCAAAAGAUUUGGACCUUGGACUUUCUGAAAUAUCCGACCGUAAAUUACAGAUAGCGAGCGAAUCUGGUAAGCAGUAUUUCGGGAUUAAUUUGGGGAAAGGGGAGCUAAUAAUUACAGAUAGAAUCGACAGGGAACAGAUAUGUGCUGCAUUCGUGAGGUGUACAUUAACGCUAGAAGCUAUUAUAGAAAACCCUUUACAAAUGUAUCGUGUGGAAAUCGACAUUCAAGACGUGAAUGACAACUCGCCGUUUUUUCUUAAUGAUCAGUUCGUUGUUAAUGUCGAAGAAGCUCGAACGCCAGGAGCAAGAUUUCGUUUGGAGACAGCAAAAGACCCGGAUAUAGGGUCAAAUUCUUUACAGUCAUACAUGCUAAGUAAAAAUGAAUAUUUUGUUUUGAGUGUGAAAAAUAAGGACGGUACUAAAAUCCCUGAAUUGGUUUUAGAAAAGGCUUUGGACAGAGAGAAGCAGUCCACCCACAACCUCGUGCUGACUGCAGUGGAUGGUGGGACUCCAGCGAGGUCUGGAACAAUCGUAAUUAUUGUUCGGGUACAAGACAGUAACGAUAAUACUCCAGUUUUUGAAAAAACAUCCUACAAAGUGAAACUCCCCGAAAACACCGUAAGAGAAACAGUCAUUCUGACAGUUAAAGCCAAAGAUGCAGACGAAGGUGUAAAUAGCGAGCUAAUUUAUUCAUUUGAACCGAGCACGCCAACGAGCAUUCAGAAUUUAUUCUCUAUUGGUCCAGAAAACGGUGCCAUCACAGUUAAAGAUGAUUUGGAUUAUGAAUUAAUCAGUUCCUUUAAAUUUGAGGUAAUCGCCUCAGACAAAGGAGCUUCGCCUUUAGAGGGUCUCUGCAGUGUAGAGAUUGAAAUAGUGGAUGUAAAUGAUAAUGUGCCGGAGAUUAUUCUGAAAUCUCUUCCGAAACCAGUGAGAGAAGACGCAGCCCCUGGGACAGUAGUAGCUCUAAUCGGAACAAAGGACAGUGAUUCCGGAGAAAAUGGCAAAGUCAAAUUAAGCAUACAGCCGGGUUUACCUUUUACACUAAAACCGUCCAUUUCCAACUAUUAUGCAUUAAUCACGGAUUCAAAUUUAGAUCAGGAAACAUUUCCUAAAUACACGAUUGAGAUUCUGGCGGAAGAUUCAGGGUCUCCGCCGCUUCGGUCUAAAACUCAAAUAUCUGUUGAAGUAUUAGAUGUAAAUGAUAAUCCCCCGGUCUUCUUACAAUCCUCAUAUGUGAUUUACGCGAAAGAAAACGUUAAUGCUGGGAAUGUGUUAUGCACCGUUUCAGCUUCUGAUCCAGAUCAGGGAGAAAAUUCCAAAAUUUCAUAUUCAAUUACAGAGUCACGUAUGCAAGGCAUUUCGGUCUCCUCUUAUUUUUAUAUAAAUUCAGACAAUGGGAGCAUUUUCAGCAUGCACUCAUUUGACUACGAGAAGAUGAAAGUGUUUCAGUUCCAAGUCCAAGCGAAAGAUCAUGGCUCUCCGUCUCUGAGUAGCAACGCCACGGUUCAUGUUUUUAUUGUGGACCAGAACGACAACACCCCCGCUGUCAUUUACCCCUCCGCACUCCUGGGCUCUGUGUCCCAUCAGAGGAUGCCCCGCUCCGCUAAAGCAGGACACCUGGUUACUAAAGUCACAGCAGUGGACGCUGACUCGGGCCAUAAUGCCUGGAUUUCCUAUCGGCUCUUGGAGGCCACGGACGCGUCUCUCUUCACUGUCACUUUACACACAGGAGAGGUGAGGACUAAGCGCUCUGUUUCAGAGCAGGAUGACUCCUCUCAGAGACUGCUCAUAGAGAUCAAGGACAACGGAGAACCGGUGCAGUCCACCACAGUCACUGUGGAUAUACUGAUAGAGGACGGCUUUCAUGAACCCAUCUCAGACUUUAGGCACAAAAACACAGAACCCGAUCAGAAAAGCAACAGAAUCACAUUAUAUCUCAUCGUUUCUCUUGCCUCCGUCUCAUUGCUGUGUUUGAUGACGUUUUUGAUCUUGUUGGUAAAAUGUGCUCGAAGCAGUAGAGGCAGCUCGAGUUGCUGUAUCAGACGGAGUGAUUGUGAAUCUAAAAACCCCAACAGAAACCUGCAGAUCCAGCUCAACACUGACGGACCCAUUAAAUAUGUGGAGGUGCUGGGAGGAGACAUGAUGUCUCAGAGUCAGUCGUUCGGCUCCUAUCUGUCUCCAAUGUCCGAAUUCAGUGAUUUCACCCUCAUUAAGCCCAGCAGCACCACAGACUUUACAAACACUCUCAGUGUGCUCGAUGCGUCACUACCGGACAGCACGUGGACGUUUGAGAGUCAGCAGGUGAGGAAAGAUGCACAGUGA